AUGCGUCAAAAGAACUCCCCGAUGCAGUGUUUGAGGCAGUUCAGACCGCAGUCUGGAUAUGCUGUGCUCACCGACUCAGUAACGUUAAUGAUUUGCGAGUCCUUCAGCGUGUGUGAUGAUUCAAUCUACCAACCCCAGUGCCUUCCACCUGACCGCCCAAGUCCUCUCCGAGGCCUCUCCAACGACGUCAUGAGAUUUGUGAGGGCCAAUGAGUGGUUAGCAAGAACCAAGUGCCAUACCACCACGACGUGGCAUCCGCCACCUCUCCAGCCUGGUGACCCCACAAUGGGAACACACAGCAAUACCAUCAUCUACUCUAUCGAACGCGGACAACAGGCCCUGACAAUCGCUGCUCCUUAUCACGCGGAGGCAAAUCACAUGAACGAAUGGCGUCGUCUUGCCUGCACCUCCAUUUUAGCGAUGACAAAUUCUCCAGACGUGUUUAUUUAA